AUGGUAGCAUGUACUAAGGCAGCAGGAAAGAAGAAUGUGGUUCUUUCCAGUGAGGCCAGGAAAGAAAUGGCAAAGCAAGCAAAAGUGACAAAGGAAGAGAGAAGAGCACACCUUGAUGCUAGACACAAGUAUCUUUUCUCCAAGAUGGCAGAUGGAAUAGGCAUCGGGGAAAUGGAGGUGGAGGAGUUUGUGAUUGUUGAUGACAAGUUCAAUAUGAUAGAAGAAUUCUUUGCACCAAAUGGAUCUAAAAAAAUGGUACUCUUUUACCAAGAAGCUUUUCAGCAAAAGAUGUCAAGCUCCUCUGCUUCUGAUAAUUCACUGCCCCAGAAGAAGCUCUUCAUCACCACAGGAGCAGCAGAGGGUUUAAUUGGGACAUGCCUGUUUUUUCUGAGGACCACAGAAAAACCCAUCACAACAGCAAAUGUUUCUCAGGAGGUUAAUUUUGGCAUGAUUCAGUGUUCUGGUGGAAAUAUACUUCAGGGACUGGAAAAUCUGUUGACUCAAGUCAUGUUACCUGCACUUCGAUCACAAGAGCACUGGGGUUCUGUGAAAGAUGGCUUGAAGAAUACUCAGAUACAAGACUUUCUUGACUCACUGGAUAAAUUUGUCAAUGUGCUGUCUGCUGCCCGGCAGAAUAUGGAGGAUAAAGUUAAGCUUCAGUCAGUUGAUAUUGGUUUAAACCUUGAAAAUUUACAGAAUCCUUCAGAUUUCUUAGUAGCAGCAAGUAAUACUGAAACCCUUGAAAAAGCUGAGAUGACUCUGCUGAUCUGGUCCAAACAAAUUGAGCAGGUUCUGGUAGAAAGUGAGCAGAUGAGAAAGGAAGCUGACGACAUUGGGCCUUCUGCAGAACUGGAGUACUGGAAGAAAAGAAUGGCGUCAUUUAACAGCCUUCUAGAUGAAAUCAAGAGCCCUCAAGUGAAACGUGUAGUAAACAUUCUUCAAGUUGCAAAAUCCAGAACCCUAAGGCAUUGGAAAGAACUGGAUGCUAAUAUAACAAAUGCUGCAAAUGAAGCCAAAGACAACGUGAAAUACCUAUAUACACUGGAUAAGUUUUUUGGACCACUUGGAAAAUGUUCACCUGCAACAAUGGUGGAACACAUCCCCAGCUUGAUGAACAGUAUUCGUAUGAUCUACACAACAUCUAAGUACUACAACACAUCAGAACAUAUGACUUCUCUUUUCAUAAAGGUCACCAAUCAGAUGAUUAACACCUGUAAAGUGUAUCUUAGCCAAGGAGUUUCUAAAGUCUGGGAACACAACAGAGAAGAGUUUCUGCAGAAGGUCCAAGAAUGUAUUCAUCUGAAUGAGCAAUAUCAGAAAUGCUUUCACAGAGUGAGGGAAAGGCUAAAAGAAAGCUCAAAUGACAGACAGUUUGAGUUCAGUGAGAAUUAUAUAUUUGGAAAAUUUGACAUGUUCUGCAAACGUCUGGAAAAGAUUGCAGAUAUGAUGAACACCAUGGACAAUCUUUCGGUCCUUCAGCAUAUUAGAGUUGAAGGCAUUGACAAAAUCUAUUUGAGAUACCAGACCAUUGUAUUUAAUACAAAAUCUAAGACAUAUGAUGUAUUGGAUCACAGAAAACAAGAGUUCGAGAAGGACUACCUGGACUUCCAGUAUCAAAUUGAAGGCCUCUAUCAAGCUCUGCAAUCAUUUGUUGAUUCUUGGUUCGAACAGCCUUUAACUACUGAACGGAUGAUCAACAUUUUGAUCAAACUUGAACACAUCGGCAAGACACAGCUUGACUUCACAGACAAGUAUAUGGCAGUUAUACAGAGAUACAACCGAGACCUGGAUCUGGUUCGCAAACUGUACCAAAAGCAAAAAGAUAAUCCACCUCUACCUCGGAACAUGCCGCCUGUUUCAGGAAAAAUUAUGUGGGCUAGACAGCUAUUCAGAAAAAUAGACUACCCAAUGAAGUUCCUCCGAAAUAAAACUGAAAUAUUGAAGACUCCUGAAAUGAAGAAGGUCAUUCGGAACUACAACAACAUGGCAUCAGUUCUUGUGGAAUUUGAGUUACUUUAUCACAGAGGAUGGUGCAAAUGUGCUGACAUUGCCAGAAGUGGACUACUGGCUUCACUUUUGGUUAGGCAUCCAGAAACUAAGGAACUAUAUGUGAACUUAGAUCCAACGGUUCCAGAGGUACUUAAUGAAGUAAAGUAUUUGGACAAAAUGGGGCUUGAAGUUCCAGACAUCAUCAUCCAUAUGCACAGAAAUGCACAAGAGAUAAAGAAACAGGAAACAAAACUUAAGAACCUGUUACAAGAUUAUCAAACGGUUGUGAACAAUAUACCUGCCCUGCUGCAACCUCUUAUGAAACCCUUCAUUGGAAGAGUAGAAGAUGCUCUUACACCUGGGCUGAUGAUGCUAACAUGGACAUCAUUAAAUAUUGAUAAAUUUGUAGAAAGUGUAUACACUACAGUCAGAGAUCUCCAGCAACUGGUCAAAGAAGCAUCAGACACACUGGAGUGUCGGAUUGAAACUGUUCUUCAGAAUAUGUCUCUUACACCCCUUGUAGAGCUACCUGAAGAGGAACCUCUCAAAGUGCAGAGUUUUUUGGAGAUGGUGGAGAAUGUUGUUUCUACUGCUGCUAAAAAUUUGGCUAUACACAGUCACCAAGCAGAACAUUCUGUGUAUGAAAUGAUUGAUAUGCUAAAACAAAAAAUGAAACCAGCAGACAGACACAGUCUCCAGAAAUGUGAUUCUUAUGUAUGCCUGCAUCCGGACACCAAGAUGAAAACCCGCUGCCAAGAAUGUUUACCUUGCUGUUACUACAAUAUGAUUGGUCAUGUCUGUCAGAAGAACACAGAUGCUUUGGUUAAAUGCACAAAGCUUUCAUUAGAUGCAUUAAAACGGCGGUUACAUGUUGUCAGCUCUAAAUAUCAGCCAAGCAAGCAAUUCAAUAAAGAUCAAGGCCAGGUUCCCUUAUUCAAGGCUACAAUCCAGCUGGCUAUUCCAAACGUUGUCAUGAGACCAAGUCUCGAUGAUAUACAGUAUUCUGUUAACAAAGCAGUCAACGUCAUACUAUCCAUGGCUAAGGAUAUUCCAUUAUGGACGUUUGCCCACCUACACCACAAGCAGCAACAGACAGAACAAACUGCUGCCAGGGACCAAGGAGAUGACAGCAAACUCACCAAGCAGGUGGUGUUGAAGCCUCUCGAUAAGCAGCUGACAGAACACAAGGACAUCAGCAAAGUGGUGAUCCAGCUGAGCACCAUCAUCUCAUCCAUGAAGUCCGAAUCCAUGCAAGUGCUGGACAUUUUCUCAAAGUACUCUAGCAUCUGGGAUCAGGAUCCUGAUGAUAAAGUCAAAGAAUUCCUAGAAAACAAUCCAACACUUUCUGAAUUUUCAAGCCAAAUUAUGCACUUUUCUAAACUGGAAAUAGAAAUCAAUGAAUUACCUCAGUACUGCACGGUGGGCUCAGUGCGAUUUGAAACAGAAUCGUUAAAAAUUGCCAUGGUUCAGGAAUGCCACAGCUGGAAGAGAGCGUUUGGAUCUGCACUUAACAAGAAGGCUGCUCUUGAUAUGGAUGAAAUCUAUUCCUUCAUCGACAACCUCAACAAGAGACUUAGCAGACCCAUCAAUGACCUUGAUGACAUCAGGGGGGCCAUGCAAUCACUGAAAGAAAUACGAGAUGCUGAAAUAAAAAUUGACAUGACUAUUGGUCCUAUAGAAGAGACAUAUGCUCUUCUAAAUAAACAUGAAUUACAUUUUCGAGAUGGAAAUGCUGAAAAAGUUGAUGGUUUAGCCUAUGCAUGGAAAACUUUGAAUGCACAGGUUAUGCAGACACAGAACAUUCUGAUUCAAGUGCAACCAAAUAUGAAGAAAGACUUACUGUCUGGUGUAGAAACAUUUCAAGUGAAUGUGAAAGAGUUCUAUAAAGAUUAUGAUAUCAAAGGCCCUGGUGUAGAAGGCAUUCCACCUCGUGAAGCAAGCGACAGAUUACAAAUCUUCCAAGCCAAGUUUGAUGAGCUAUGGAGAAAGUAUGUUACUUACUCAGGAGGAGAAGAACUGUUCGGUCUAACUGUAACAGAUUAUCCUGACCUUCAGAGAAUUAAACGUGAAUUGUCCCUGCUCCAAAAACUAUAUGGCCUAUACAACUCUGUUAUUGACAGUGUUAGUGGCUAUUAUGAAAUCUUGUGGGGUGACCUGGAUAUAGAAAAAAUCAACAACGAGCUUCUGGACUUCCAAAAUAGAAUACGAAAAUUACCUAAAGCCCUAAAGGAAUGGCCUGCCUUCAAUGACCUUAAAAAGAGUAUUGAUGACUUCAGUGAGACCUGUCCUUUACUUGAAAUGAUGGCAAAUAAGGCAAUGGUGUCCAGACACUGGCAAAGAAUUUCCCAGUUAACUGGCCAUAGCUUUGAUGUUGAAUCUGAGACCUUCUCCUUGAGGAACAUAAUGGAAGCCCCUUUACUCAAACAUAAAGAAGAUAUUGAGGAUAUUUGUAUUAGUGCAGUUAAGGAAAAAGAUAUUGAAGCCAAACUGAAAACUGUGAUCAAUGAAUGGAGUGCCCAUGUAUUUACAUUUGCGCAAUUCAAAACCAGAGGAGAACUUCUUUUAAAGGGCUCUGACACUACAGAAAAGAUAGCGCUGAUGGAGGACAGCUUGAUGAUUCUGGGUUCAUUAAUGAGUAACAGGUAUAAUGCUCCAUUUAAACCCACAAUUCAGCAGUGGGUUCAGAAAUUAUCUAAUACUACAGAGAUAAUUGAAAACUGGCUAACUGUUCAGAAUCUCUGGAUCUAUCUAGAAGCAGUAUUUGUUGGAGGAGACAUUGCAAAGCAGCUGCCCCAGGAGGCUAAAAGAUUUCAGAAUAUUGAUAAAUCAUGGCAGAAGAUUAUGCAGAGGGCACAUGAAAAUUCCAACAUCGUUCACUGCUGUGUUGGAGAUGAGACUCUGUCACAACUAUUACCUCAUCUGCUAGAACAGCUUGAAAUCUGUCAGAAGUCACUCACUGGUUACUUAGAAAAAAAAAGGCUGGUGUUCCCCAGGUUUUUCUUUGUUUCUGACCCUGCUCUUCUGGAAAUUCUAGGCCAAGCAUCUGAUUCUCACACCAUUCAGGCACAUUUGUUGAGCCUUUUUGACAAUGUGAACAGAGUUGGGUUUCAUGAGAAAAAUUAUGACCAGAUCCUCAGUUUUGAAUCCCAAGAAGGUGAAAGUGUUGAGCUCCUAGAGCCAGUUGUAGCACAGGGCAAUGUUGAAAUCUGGUUAGGACAACUGCUGAACGGCGUUAAAAAGACCCUGCAUAGCAUCAUCAGGAGAGCAGCCCUGGCAAUCAGCGACUCAGGAUUCAAGCUCUACGAGUUCCAAGCCAUGUUCCCUGCACAGAUAGGACUACUGGGAAUUCAGAUGAUUUGGACUAGAGACUCUGAAGAAGCUCUGAAUAAUGCUAAAGUAGAUAAAAAGAUAAUGCAAACAACCAAUCAAAAGUUUCUGGACAUGUUGAAUGAUUUGAUUGACAUGACAACUCGUGAUCUGACAAAGAUAGAGCGAACAAAAUAUGAAACUCUGAUUACCAUUCAUGUGCACCAAAAGGAUAUAUUUGAUGACCUGGUCCGCAUGAACAUUAAAUCUCCAUCAGAUUUUGAGUGGCAAAAGCAGUCCAGGUUUUACUUUAUUGAGGACACUGAUAAAUGUAUCAUCCAAAUAACAGAUGUAGAGUUUAACUACUGCAAUGAGUAUUUAGGCUGCACUGAUCGACUUGUUAUAACCCCAUUAACAGACAGGUGUUACAUUACGCUGGCCCAAGCCUUGGGAAUGAGUAUGGGUGGUGCUCCUGCUGGACCCGCAGGUACAGGCAAGACAGAGACGACAAAGGACAUGGGGAAGUGCUUAGGGAAGUACGUCGUUGUUUUCAAUUGCUCUGACCAAAUGGACUACAGAGGGCUUGGUCGAAUUUAUAAAGGCUUAGCCCAGUCUGGUGCCUGGGGCUGCUUUGAUGAGUUUAAUCGAAUUGAAUUGCCCGUCUUGUCAGUAGCUGCUCAGCAAAUUUACAUUGUGCUCCAGUGCAAGAAAAAUAAGAAAACCCAGUUUAUCUUUACCGAUGGAGAUGUUGUAGAUAUGGACAAAGAGUUUGGCAUAUUUUUAACAAUGAAUCCAGGUUAUGCUGGACGCCAGGAAUUGCCCGAGAACCUCAAGAUCCAGUUCCGGACUGUGGCUAUGAUGGUGCCUGAUCGUGCGAUCAUAAUGCGAGUUAAGUUGGCUAGUGCUGGCUUCCGUGACAAUCAAAUUCUCAGUCGAAAAUUUUAUACCUUGUACAAACUCUGUGAAGAGCAGCUGUCUAAACAGGUCCAUUAUGACUUUGGGCUGCGAAACAUUCUUUCUGUACUGAGAACCCUUGGAGCAGUAAAGAGAUCUAAUCCAAAUGAACCAGAGAAAACUGUGGUUAUGAGAGUCCUUCGUGACAUGAACCUCUCCAAACUGGUGGAUGAAGAUGAACCAUUGUUUAUGAGUCUAAUUAAUGACUUGUUUCCUGGAAUUACUCUUGAUAAAGCUGGAUAUCCAGAACUUGAGGCAGCCAUUCAGAAGCAGACUGAAGAAGCAGGCCUAAUUCAUCAUCCACCAUGGAUCCUCAAGCUCAUUCAGCUCUACGAAACACAGCGAGUUCGACAUGGUAUGAUGACAUUGGGUCCCAGUGGUGCAGGCAAGACAAAAUGCAUCAAUAUUCUAAUGAAGGCAAUGACAGACUGUGGAGCCCCGCACAAAGAAAUGCGAAUGAACCCAAAGGCAAUUACAGCCUCCCAAAUGUUUGGCACAUUAGAUGUCGCAACAAAUGACUGGACAGAUGGGAUCUUUUCUACGUUGUGGAGAAAAACUCUGAAGGCCAAAAAGGGAGAACACAUAUGGAUAGUUCUAGAUGGCCCAGUUGAUGCUAUUUGGAUUGAGAACCUUAACUCUGUUUUGGAUGACAAUAAAACUCUGACACUGGCCAAUGGUGACCGAAUUCCUAUGGCCCCAAACUGCAAGAUUGUUUUUGAACCUCAUAAUAUUGAUAAUGCAUCUCCUGCAACAGUUUCACGAAAUGGAAUGGUCUACAUGAGCUCUUCUGUGUUAGACUGGCGACCUAUUUUAAAAGCAUGGCUUCAAACUCUUACAUCUAGCCAGUCGGAGACCCUCUGGGCAUGCUUUGAUAGUGUUUUCCAGGACUUGAUAAACUUUCUGUUUACUGCUGUGAUACCAAAGAUGCAGAUUCUAGAAUGCAUGUACAUAAAACAAGCUAUUGACCUCUUACAGGGCCUUUUGUAUGCAGAACAUGAUAAACAGCUCAGCCAGGAACAUCUAGCCCGUUUAUUUGUCUUUGCCAUAAUGUGGUCUGCAGGUGCUCUUCUAGAACUGGAAGACAGAGCUAAAAUGGAAACUUUCUUAAAGAAUCAUUCUUCAAAAUUAGAGCUUCCUUUUAUAAAAGGAGAAGAGACCAUCUUUGAGUUUGUCGUUAGUGACAGUGGUACAUGGGAACAUUGGUCACAGAAGGUACCUGAGUAUACAUAUCCUAAGGAUUCAGUUCCAGAAUAUGCUUCCAUCUUAGUUCCUAAUGUCGACAAUGUUCGAACUGAUGUCCUGAUGCACACAGUAAUGAAACAAGGGAAAGCUGUUCUUCUGAUAGGUGAACAAGGCACAGCAAAAACUGUAAUGAUCAAGGGUUAUAUGAGCAAGUAUGAUCCUGAAGCACAUUUGACAAAAAGCAUGAACUUCUCUUCUGCCACCCUUCCAAAUAUGUUUCAGUGGAGCAUUGAAAGCUACAUUGACAAAAGAAUGGGAACAACCUAUGGACCUCCGGCAGGAAAAAAAAUGACUAUCUUCAUUGAUGAUAUUAACAUGCCUGUGAUCAACGAAUGGGGAGACCAGAUAACUAAUGAAAUCGUCCGACAGCUAAUGGAACAAAGGGGGUUUUAUAACUUGGAGAAACCUGGAGAGUUCACAAACAUUGUAGAUAUACAGUUUGUUGCAGCAAUGAUCCAUCCUGGUGGAGGUCGAAAUGACAUUCCUCAACGUCUGAAAAGACAAUUUGCAAUUUAUAACUGCACACUUCCCUCGAAUACAUCUAUUGAUAAAAUAUUUAGGACAAUUGCUGAAGGUUACUUCUGUACACAAAGAGGAUUUCCUGAAGAUGUUUGCAAACUAGCAUCUGCAAUAGUGUCUACAACAAGAAAAUUGUGGCAAGCGACUAAAAUUAAGAUGUUGCCAACUCCUGCUAAAUUCCACUACAUCUUUAAUCUGCGGGAUCUUAGCCGUAUCUGGCAGGGAAUUUUAACCGUUACCUCAGAAGUCUGCCAAAAUACUGAUGUAAUAGUGUCACUCUUCCAACAUGAGUGUUCAAGGGUCAUUGCAGACAGAUUUACCAAUCAACAGGAUAAAGACUGGUUUGAGAGCACCAUGAACAAGAUUACCAUAGAUGACCAUGGUGCUGAUGUUCUGGCAAACACACCAAAAGAAUGUUAUUUUGUUGACUUUUUACGAGAUGCGCCAGAAGCUACAGGAGAAGAGCCUGAGGAUGCAGAACUAGAAGCUCCCAAGAUCUAUGAACCUAUCCCUUCCUUCCAGAACUUGUCUGAGCGUCUGGAAAUGCUUAUGCAGCAGUACAACGAAGCUGUCAGAGGUUCACAAAUGGAUCUUGUAUUUUUCAAGGAUGCAAUGAUCCACUUGGUAAAAAUUUCACGCAUUAUUCGUACACCACAAGGAAAUGCUUUAUUAGUUGGUGUUGGUGGCUCUGGGAAGCAGAGCCUGACAAGACUAGCAUCAUAUAUUGCUGGCUAUCAAAGUUUUCAAAUAACAUUAACAAGGACAUACAAUACUAGCAACCUCUUGGAUGACUUGAAAGUUUUGUACCGUACUGCUGGUCAGAAAGGCAAGGGUAUGACUUUUAUAUUCACAGACAAUGAAAUUAAAGAUGAGUCUUUUCUUGAGUACAUGAACAAUGUGCUAGCUUCAGGGGAGGUUUCCAACCUGUUUGCCCGAGAUGAGACUGAUGAAAUAAUGCAAGAUCUUAUUCCAGUAAUGAAGAGAGAGUACCCAAGACUCCCACCAACAACUGAAAAUCUGUAUGACUAUUUCCUUUCCCGGGUACGGAAAAAUUUACAUGUUGUUCUCUGCUUCUCUCCAGUUGGAGAGAAAUUUAGAAAUCGUGCUCUGAAAUUUCCAGGUCUAAUCUCAGGAUGCACAAUGGACUGGUUUCAGCGAUGGCCAAAAGAUGCCCUCAUUGCAGUAGCUCAACAUUUUCUGGUUUCCUACCAAAUUGAAUGCUCAGAUACUGUCAAACAGAGUGUUGUCAACACCAUGGGACUAUUCCAAGACAUUGUGGCUGAGAAAUGUGUUGAGUAUUUUGAAAGAUUCAGACGUCAGACUUAUGUAACACCAAAGUCUUAUCUGUCUUUUAUUGGAGGUUACAAAAUUAUUUAUGAAGAAAAAUUUGCCUUUGUUGGAAAUUUGUCGAACCGUAUGAAAACAGGCCUUGCAAAACUGAUGGAAGCUGAGGUGUCAGUCAGUCAACUGUCCAAGGAGUUGGCGGUUAAGGAAAAGGACCUUGCUGUUGCAUCCAGAAAGGCAGAUGAAGUACUACAGGAAGUAACAGUCAAAGCUCAGGCUGCCGAAAAGGUGAAAGUUCAAGUGCAGAAAGUAAAAGACAAAGCUCAGGCAAUAGUGGAUGAAAUCGCUGCUGACAAAGCAGUUGCUGAAGAGAAGCUCGAAGCAGCAAGACCUGCUCUGGAAGAAGCAGAGGCAGCAUUACAGACAAUUAAGCCUGCAGACAUAGCUACUGUGCGUAAGCUGGGCAGACCGCCACAUUUAAUUAUGCGAAUCAUGGACUGCGUCCUGAUACUGUUCCAGAGAAGGGUUGAUGCUGUGACUGUGGACCCAGAACGACCUUGUGUGAAACCAUCAUGGGCAGAGGCUUUGAAGUUAAUGAAUAAUUCUGGAUUUCUCAACAUGCUUGUAACAUUUGCAAAGGACACCAUUACAGAAGAGAUUGUGGAGUUACUGCAGCCUUAUUUAGACAUGGAUGAUUAUAAUUUUGAAACUGCAAAAAGAGUUUGUGGUAAUGUCGCAGGGCUGUGUUCAUGGACUCAGGCUAUGGCAUGUUUCUAUGGCAUUAACAAAGAAGUGCUUCCUCUCAAGGCAAAUUUGGCACUGCAAGAAGCCCGGCUUACUGUGGCACAGACUGAGUUAGAUAAUGCCCAAAGACAACUAGAUGAGAAGCAAAAAGAGCUUGAUGAAGUUCAGGCUAUGUACGAUGCGGCAAUGCGAGAGAAGCAGGCCCUGAUAGAUGAUGCUGAGGCCUGCAGAAAGAAGAUGAACAACGCAACCGCACUCAUUGAAGGCCUGGGUGGAGAAAAGAUUCGUUGGACAGACAGCAGCAAAAAGUUCCAGGAUCAGAUCACGCGGUUAGUGGGCGAUGUGCUGCUGGCCACUGGAUUCCUUUCAUAUGCUGGCCCUUUUAACCAGGAAUAUAGGAACCUAUUGCUUAAUAUGUGGAAGAAAGAGAUGAACAGUAACAAAAUUCCAUAUAGUGAUGAUCUUAAUCUUAUUACGAUGUUAGUUGACAAUGCAACCAUUGGUGAAUGGAAUCUUCAGGGUCUCCCAAACGAUGAUCUGUCAGUGCAGAAUGGUAUUAUUGUUACAAAAGCAUCUCGCUAUCCACUUCUAAUUGAUCCUCAAGGCCAAGGGAAGAUCUGGAUUAAAAACAGAGAGAAGACUAACGAUAUGCAGGUAACAUCUCUGAAUCAUAAGUAUUUUCGCACACAUCUAGAAGACUGCCUUUCUCUUGGAAGGCCUGUGCUAAUCGAAGAUGUUGGCGAGGAACUUGAUCCUGCACUGGAUAACAUCCUGGAAAAAAAUUUUAUAAAAUCUGGUUCAACCUUUAAAGUGAAAGUAGGUGACAAAGAGGUAGACGUCAUGAAAGGGUUCACCCUUUACAUAACUACCAAACUAGCAAAUCCUGCCUACACUCCAGAAAUAAGUGCAAAAACAGCUGUUAUUGAUUUUACUGUCACAAUGAAAGGACUAGAAGAUCAGCUUCUUGGACGUGUUAUACUUACUGAAAAACAGGAACUAGAGGCAGAAAGGGUGAAGCUAAUGGAAGAAGUAACAUCAAAUAAGAGAAAAAUGCAGGAGUUGGAAGAUAACCUACUUUUUCGCCUUACCAGCACAGAAGGCUCCUUGGUGGAAGAUGAAUCGUUAAUAGAGGUUUUGAAGAUUACCAAGGCAACAGCUGAAGAGGUUAGUGAAAAAUUAAGUACAGCUGCUGAAACUGAAGUGAAGAUCAACGCAGCUCGCGAGGAGUAUCGCUUGGUAGCUUCACGCGGAAGCAUUCUUUACUUCCUGAUUGUAGAAAUGAGCCUGGUAAAUGUAAUGUAUCAAACUUCCUUAAAACAGUUCCUUGGGAUUUUUGAUAUGUCAAUGGAAAAAUCUGCAAAGUCCCAGAUCACAGCUAAAAGAAUUGCUAAUAUUAUUGAAUAUCUUACAUAUGAAGUAUUCAAAUAUACAGCUCGAGGGCUCUAUGAAGAUCACAAAUUCCUCUUCACAUUACUGAUGGCACUGAAGAUUGACUUACAAGCAAAGAAAAUUUCUCAUGAAGAGUUUCAAACCUUCAUCAAAGGAGGUGCAACUUUGGAUUUGAAUUCUGUAGAGCCAAAGCCAAAAAAAUGGAUACUUGACAUGACAUGGCUAAACCUUGUUCAGCUGUCCCGUAUACAACCGUUUACUCAACUCCUGACAAAUGUUGCAAGAAAUGAUAAGGGCUGGAAAUCCUGGUUUGACGAAGAAGCCCCCGAAGACACCCCAGUUCCUGAUGGCUAUGAUACUUUAUUGGACACAUUCCGAAAGCUUCUGCUGAUUCGUAGUUGGUGUCCUGACAGGACCAUAGCACAGGCACGACAUUACAUAAGAGAGUCCCUUGGAGUAAAGUACGCUGAAGGAUUUAUUCUUGACAUGGAAGGAAUGUGGCAAGAAAGUGACAGUCGAACUCCAUUGAUCUGCUUCUUAUCUAUGGGUUCAGAUCCCACUGAGAACAUUGAACGUUUAGCAAAAUCCAAGAACAUUCCAUGUCGUGCCAUUUCUAUGGGUCAGGGCCAGGAGGUUCAUGCAAGACGUUUACUAAACCAGUGUAUGCAAGAUGGUGGAUGGCUUCUUCUGCAGAACUGCCACUUGGGCUUAGAGUUUAUGGAUGAGCUACUGGACAGCAUUACUACAGCGGAGGCUGUACAUGAUGGGAUGAGAAUUUGGAUUACUACUGAGGUUCACAACAAAUUUCCCAUUAAUCUACUACAGUCCUCAAUCAAGUUUACUAAUGAGCCCCCACAAGGAGUAAAGGCAGGCUUGAAACGGACAUAUGCUGGCAUCACACAAGAGCAACUAGAAAUCAGCAACAUGCCUCAGUGGAAACCACUUUUGUAUGCUGUAGCCUUCAUUCACACAACUGUUCAAGAAAGACGCAAGUUUGGUCCAUUAGGUUGGAAUAUACCUUAUGAAUUUAAUCAGGCAGACUUCACUGCAAGUGUACAGUUUGUCCAAAACCAUCUAGAUGAUGUGGAUAUUAAGCGUGGAGUAAACUGGAGCUGCGUGCGUUAUAUGCUUGGAGAAGUGCAAUAUGGUGGCCGUGUCACUGAUGAUCUUGACAAGAGGUUGCUGAACACAUUUGCAAAAGUUUGGUUCGGAGAGAAUAUGUUUACAGACAAAUUUUGCUUCUACAAAGGUUAUGUCAUCCCUAAAGGAAAGACAGUCCAGGAUUACAUGCAGCAUAUAGAGAUGCUUCCAAUGGUCGAUACUCCUGAGGUAUUUGGCCUUCAUCCAAAUGCAGAUAUAACUUACCAAACCAAUAUGGCAAAUGAAACAUUAAGUACCAUAGUAAACAUCCAGCCAAAAGACAGUGGUGGUGGAGGAGGUGAGACAAGAGAAGCCAUGGUUCAGCACCUUGCAAAUGAGAUGCUGGACAAACUGCCACAGGACUAUAUUCCACAUGAGGUAAAAGCUAGACUUCAGAAGAUGGGUGCAAUUCAACCAAUGAACAUAUUUUUACGUCAGGAGAUUGACCGCAUGCAACGUGUAAUCACAAGAGUUCGAAGUACCCUAACAGAUCUGAAGCUAGCAAUAGAUGGGACCAUUAUAAUGUCUGAAGACCUACGAGAUGCCUUGGAUAAUAUGUAUGAUGCCAGAAUCCCAAAACUGUGGUUCAAGAUUUCCUGGGAGUCAGCAACUUUGGGCUUUUGGUUUACAGAGCUUCUUGAAAGAAGUCAGCAAUUCCAGACCUGGUUGUUUGAUGGAAGACCAAAUCAAUUUUGGAUGACAGGGUUUUUCAACCCACAGGGCUUUUUGACUGCCAUGCGACAAGAAACAACGCGAAUGAAUUUGUCCAAGGGCUGGGCCCUUGACAGUGUUAUCCUGCAUAAUGAUGUGACCCGAAUGAUGAAGGAAGAUGUGAACGGACCUCCUCCCGCAGAUAUUGGUGGGGUAUAUAUCUAUGGCCUUUUCCUAGAUGGUGCUGGUUGGGAUCGAAGAAACAUCAAGUUAAUGGAAUCUUCUCCAAAGGUGCUCUUCACGUCACUGCCUGUCAUUCAUGUUUACGCAGUCAGCACCACAACACCCUUGGAUACAAAAAAGCAACAGCUAUUCCUAUAUUCCUGCCCUGUGUAUAAGAAACCAAGGCGCACUGAUCUCACAUACAUCUUCUCUCUGUAUUUAAAGACUGUACAAAGUCCAGAUCACUGGACACUUAGAGGAGUUGCCUUACUCUGUGACUCAAAAUGAGUGUGGAAGUUUUGAAAAUGUACUGUUUUGGUCACAGUAAGGGGCCAUUAUGCUGAUUGCAGUUUCCAAGAAAAUUAGGUAGGUUAAGAGUGACAACAAACUAUGGGAAAUAGUUUUCUCUUUUAUAUAUAUAUAUAUAUAUAUAUAUAUAUAUAUAUAUAUAUAUAUAUAUAUAUAUAUAUAUAUAUAUGUACAUUUAAAGGCUUAAAGAAUUAAGGCAAAACAUGUAUUUAAUAUUUAGUUGCAUAAUCAGUUAAAUGAUGAUGUUGAAGAGCUUUGGAGCAUAAAAAUGCAUGGUAAAUCAAAAGAAUUUUCCAAGACAAAAUUGUAACUAUGGGAUCAUGAUACUGAAUAUUUUCAUUGACAUUUUAUUAUGUGCAGUGCAGAACGGAGCUCAUGGCAUUGUUGUAAAUGUCCUUGUCAUCUGUUGAAAAUUAAUGAUUUGCUUUAAAAUUAUUUACUCAUUGAUAUGCUCGUCUUAAUUCAUUGUAUGUACCUGAAUAAAAAAGUAAGGUAGCCUGAUGGCUAAAACCUAAAUAGCCUGCUACUAGUGGACAUUUGUAUCAGUGUUGGUUUAUCUCCAAAUACUCUCCUGUGCUUGCUUACUUAAUCUGUUUGCAUAUCCCAGCAACAGAUAGGUUCAUAGGUUUAUAGGUUCAUAGGUUGGCACUAGGCUAUCGGCCCUAGAGCCUUUACAAGCCUAGCCAAACAAUUCCCAGAUAUUUCUUCUGCCUAGCAGGGCGACUGACGUGAUCCCAGGGGUAUAUAUAUAUAUAUAUAUAUAUAUAUAUAUAUAUAUAUAUAUAUAUAUAUAUACACCCUACACGGAAUUCCCUGUAUUAAAUUCUUCUUAAUAGCAGUCGUAGUAAGAGAAAUGCUCAUCUGCCACAUGAUUUUCCAACAGGGUAAUCUUUCUAAUAUCUCCAGGCCCUUUGGAAUUGCCAAUGCCAUCAUAAUCCCAGUUUAGUUACAAAAAGCACAUUAUUUCUCUGACUGUCUGCCAGUCUUCUUAGCUAAACUAAUGCUAAACUAAUGCUAAACAAAACAGGACUAUCUAUCCCCUAACACACAGAAUGUAGUACCUCCCUUUUCAUCUUUGUGAAACAACAAUCAGUCACCUUUCCAAACUUCAUGGAGUUCUGCUGAAUUCUGCAGGACUUAACCCUUCACAGCUCAGCCUUCCUGUUUUUGUUUUUCAACUGUCACUAUUUACUAUACAUUAUCCAACUCCCUAAUGUGCAGUCAUACCUGGUGAUUGAACCUGAGUUAAUGAAGUCUGUCUCAACUUUGAAAUUAAUGCCUGAAAAUAGACUGUUAACACCAAACACUCAAAAUCAACCUUUCACAGAGAGAACAACUAAAGGUUAACAACUUCCCUCACUGCUAAGGGGAAACAGUAGAAGGACCCAGACUGGUUGUCCAUGGUCUGUUACACAGUAGGAGGAUACACAUUGACUGUGUAUAACCUCUUAAACAGUAGAAGAACAUGGAUUGCUAUCAUGACCAUUACACAGUAGAAGGACAUGGAUUGGCUAUCCAUGACCUGUUACUAUGUGACUGGGGAAGACUCUACAUAGCAUGCUUAUGAAUUGCAUGGCAUUUUAUUUAUUUACUUUAUUUAACAUUUGUUUACCGG